UUUACCAGUGAUAAAAACCAAAGCAGCGUCCGUUCACAGGGAGAGGGGGGAUCAUCAGCGCUGCAGCAGCGGAUCGCUCGGCUGUCAGACGCAGAGGAAUGAUAAUUAGAACGAGAUUGACUCGGCAACAAGAAGAAAAGGAGGAAGGAGGCCUGCAGCAGAAGGAUACAUGCAGGAGGAGAGAAGGAGGCGAGGAAAUCAUAAUCUGAUCAACAAGAAUCAGAAAUAGAGAGAAACGGCAGCGGUUGUGUGUUUUUUUUUUAAUUCGGAGGGAGAUGAUGGUGACAGCAGCAGCGGAGGAGGAGAUAGAGGGAUGAGCAGGGAUCAAUAAUCCUCCCUCCUCCUCCUCUUCCUCCUCCCCCACCUUCAUCCCUCCAUCACCUCUGCAGGAGCCGCUGAAACCUAAGGAUCUGGAUAUGCCAUCCAGCGGGACGAUGAAUCCCAGAUGUCUCACUGUAUCCAGGAACAAGACAAACAUCUGACAUGACAUUUCACCUUCUCGCAUCGCUUCCUCCGACAUCCCGACUGCAGGAUGACAGGCUGAGUCCUGCAGGUGAACCCUUGGACCAGGGAGAGGUGAUCAUCUCCUCUUCCAUGUUUCUCAGAAGAUGAUCUUCGACGGACGUUAUAUUUUCAUUUUUUGGAGCUUUGGGUUGUGUUGAUUUCUCGAAGUCUGGUUCCAAAAUGUUUUGUUGAACUGAAUUCUUUGAAGUCUCUUUUCCUGCUCAGAAAACUCUUUGAUUUGGAGAAUUAACACGAGGUUUCUGACACCAGGAUUUUUAUUAUGAGGUACUACGUGGAAGCUGGUGGUUAGGCAGCUUUUUGGGAGUGUUUGCACGCACCUCCAGACUGCAUUCCUGCUGCAGAACUUAUUGGAUGCAGAAAAUAUCCCUCUAGCCCUCUUGCAGGACAAUCUUCCUUCUCUCAGCAAUGGUAAUGUGCAAUAUCUUUGACACAGAGGGACAAAUAACGUCUCUGUUAUCUGUGAUUUCCACACCUGCUUCUUGGAAACCAUUGCUCUGAUCUUCUGCAUGGAGUGCAAAGAGUGGAUACAACUGACUCACUGACAAACAAAAACACAGUUUUCUUGGGAGGGGGGGGAAAGAAGACAAUCUUUUUUCUCUAACUUUGUUCUUUUUUUAUCCGUCAUGGGUCUGAACCCGGACAGAAACACCUGACUGAACCAGGGGAUGGUCGAAGACUCGAUAAACCUCUUUGAUUGGAUCCAGCGAGAACGAGGUCCAUCUUGAUCGUCAGAUCAGAACUCAAAGAAGUAAACUCCUCUCCCCCCCACUUACCUCUGGUGGGGGGGAGGGUGAAAUAUACUUUAGUUUUUAGGGUGUAGGGCUUAGGGCCAUAGCGUUUAGUUUUGUAGUUAUUUAGACAUUAGGUUGUAGACUAGACAUUAGAGUACUGAGCUCUGAUCUAGUUGGUAGUUAUUUGGUUCUCUUGUGUUUAGGCUUAUUCAGUUCUGCUGGUUUUAGCCUUUAGCUUGCUAGCUUAUUUACCUGAACAAGCCCUUGUGGUAUAACACACGUUAGCAUUUGGCUCUGACCUAGCUGUAGAUUACAGAAGAUUAGCAUUUAGUGUACAACCUGGAUCUAACCAACUGUAACAGCAAAAAGCAUUUAGGUUCUUUAGUUUAGAAAUUAGCAUUAGAAAACCUUGGUCAUAAACAUUUAGACCAUUAGCCUGUGUGCUAACUCUCAGACCAGCUAGUUAUGGAUGCUAAUCAAGGCCCAGGCCAGGGCAGCCCAGAGAGCCCUAACCGGGCGGUGGAGUACCUUCUUGAACUCAACAACAUCAUCGAGAGCCAGCAGAAGCUUCUGGAAACUCAGAGGCGCCGGAUCGAGGAGCUGGAAGUCCAGCUGGACCGGCUCAGCCAGGAGAACAAAGACCUGCGUUUGGACCGGCAGCCCGUCGUUCCUCCUCCACCCGCUCCUCCUCCCGAGCCUCCACUCCCUCCUCCCCCUCCACCGCCUCCACCGACCACAUCCACUUCCAUGUCUGCCAAGAAUCACCAACAGCACCACCACCACCACCACAACAGCCAAUACCAAGCUCCUCCGCAGCCCCCCUCCUCCAUCCCCCUGCACCAGAACCACCACCACCACCAGUACCAUCACAACCACCACCACUCCUCCGCCCACCACUCUUACAACAGCUCCAACAGCAUCCCUACGACGGCGAUCCCGGUUCCCGCUCCGUCUUCAGCCCCGACCUCCAUCUCGAUCCCUACCCAAAUCCCGACUCCGAUAUCCCCCCCGGCUCCGGCUCCAGCUCCGGCUCCUCCUCCGCCGCCUCCGAUGCCGUCUCGGGACCAGCCGCGGGCCCACAGCCGGCUGACCCGCCUGCCCUCCACCAGCACCGGCACCAACACCAACUUUGUGGAGAAAGAGAGGGAGAGGAUUGAGCGCAUGCACAAAACCAACGCCUCCAACAACCACCACGCCCACACCCUCCACCACCAGAAAUCUGUGGAGGGCGACUCUCAGUGUCCGGAGGCGCUCACUUUUUCUGAUUCGUCCUUCGGCCACCCGCCUCCCUUCCAUCGAUACAGUAACAGUCCUCUCUCCAGCCCUUGUGACCCCUACGGCUCCACCGGCGGGCCCCUGGGAGCCUGCCACACACAGGGAAGCUCUCCCGUCUCUCCCCCCAGCCCGGCGAGCCUUGCCUGGGCUCAGCACAGCCGACACCAGCCGGCCAGCCUGGCGCUCCGCAAGCAAGAGGAGGAGGAGAGCAAACGCUGCAAGGCUCUAUCCGACAGCUAUGAGCUCUCUACAGACCUCCAGGACAAGCAGGUGGAGAUGCUGGAGAGGAAGUACGGGGGUCAGUUCGUGUCGCGGCGGGCGGCGCGGACGAUCCAGACGGCGUUCAGGCAGUACCGCAUGAACAAAAACUUUGAGAGGCUCCGCAGCUCGGCCUCGGAGAGCAGGAUGACCCGCCGCAUCAUCCUGUCCAACAUGAGGAUGCAGUACUCGUUUGAUGAGCGUCAGCCGCAGGGUCAGGGGUCAGCGGGUCAGCGGGGGCCAGACGACGCAGGAGACAUCGACGACUCCUUCUCCAAACAGGUGAAGUCUCUGGCCGACUCCAUGGACGACUCCCUCACCUGCCAGUCCGGACGAGAAGACUCCCAGGAGGCGGGAGGAGAGGGGGAGGAAGACGAGGAGGAGGACGAAGAGGAGGUGGAUGAAGAAGAAGAAGAGGAGGAGGAGGAGGAAGGGGAGGAGGACGAGGAGGAAGACGAGGAAGACGAUUACAGAGAGUGCGCCUGGCGUAACUCCAGCGCUUCGUCCCCGACGAGUGGUGUGGGGGCCGGCCACCGACAACCGAGUAAUGGGGGAGCAGGGAGGAGGAGGAGGAGGAGGAGGAGCGGGGGGGCGGGAGGACAGCAGGGAGACGGAGGGAGGCAGCAGGAGGGGCAGCACCCCGUCAGAGCGAGGCUCCAUCGGGCGCCUGGUGUACGAACAGGAGCCGUCGGGAGUGGACCGAGGCGCCGGGAGAGGGAGAGGGAGAGGAUGGGAGGAGACGGGGAAGGAGAGAGCGGGGAGGAGGAGCCGCAAGGGGGAGAAGGGGGAGGCAGCAGCGAGGCCGACUCCCCUCAGGGAACCAUCAAACACAAGCCCAACGGCCGCUCCGUCCCCACGGCGCAGGGUCAGACCCGCAGCCCGGCCAGCGCUCCCUUACCGAUGCCUUCAGCCCGCGCCCUCCCCCCCCACCCGCUCCCCCACCCGCUCCCCCACCCUCUGCACCCCCACCCUCACCCCCACCCCUCACCCAUCCCCCACCUGCCCACCAUCCUGCACCACCACCCGCAGUACAGCCAGCCGCACGUCAUGCACAUGCAUCACGUGCCCGGCCCCUACAUCCAGCAGCACCACUUCGCCCAGCAGCACUACCACCACCUGCACCACCAGCACCACCACGGUUACCCAGAACCCCCCUCUUCCCCGCUGCCCUCCCCCGUGCCCCCACUCUCCCCUCUUCCUCCCCCGCUCACGCCCUCUCCGCUCUCCUCUUCCAUGGAGGCCCAGCAGCACCACCACCCCCAACUGCACCACCACCACCUGCUGUGCUCUGAUGGAGACAACGAGAGCGUGAACUCCACCACCACCAACUCCAACGACGACACCACCGUCAACAACUGCAGCUCCGGCUCCUCGUCGCGCGACAGCCUGCGGGAGCCAAUGGGAGGAGGCGCUGCGGGGAAGCAGACCUAUCAGAGGGAGAGCCGGCACAGCUGGGACUCGCCCGCCUUCAACAACGACGUCGUGCAGCGGAGACAAUACCGCAUCGGACUCAACCUGUUCAACAAGAAGCCGGAGAAGGGGACCCAGUACCUGAUCGAGAGGGGCUUCGUGUCGGACACUCCGAUCGGCAUCGCCCGGUUCAUCCUGGAGAGGAAGGGUCUGAGCCGGCAGAUGAUCGGAGAGUUCUUGGGCAGCCGGCAGCAGUUCAACAAGGACGUCCUGGACUGUGUCCUGGAUGAGAUGGAUUUCUCUGGGAUGGAUCUGGACGACGCUCUGAGGAAGUUUCAGGCUCAGAUUAAAGUUCAGGGCGAAGCUCAGCGGGUGGAGCGGCUGGUGGAGGCCUUCAGUCAGCGGUACUGUGUUUGCAACCCGGUGCUGAUCCGGAAUUUCCAGAACCCGGACACCAUCUUCAUCCUCGCUUUCGCCAUCAUCCUCCUCAACACCGACAUGUACAGCCCCAACGUGAAGCCGGAGAGGAAGAUGAAGCUGGAGGACUUCGUCAAAAACCUGCGAGGCGUUGAUAACGGUCAGGACAUCCCCAGAGAUCUGCUGGUGGGGAUCUACGGACGGAUCCAGAAAUGGGAGCUGAGGACAAACGACGACCACGUGUCUCAGGUCCAGGCGGUGGAGAGGAUGGUGGUCGGGAAGAAGCCGGUGUUGUCGCUGUCCCAUCGCAGGUUGGUCUGCUGCUGUCAGCUGUUCGAGGUUCCUGAUCCGAACCGAGGUCAGAGGAGCGGCGUCCAUCAGAGAGAAGUCUUCCUGUUCAACGACCUGCUGAUGGUGACGAAGAUCUUCCAGAAGAAGAAGACUUCAGUGACGUACAAUUUCAGACAAUCAUUUCCUCUGGUGGACAUGCAGGUCCACACCUUCCAAAACACCUAUUACCCUCAUGGCAUCAGACUGACGUCGGCGAACCCCGGCGGAGAGAGGAAGGUUCUGAUCGUCUUCACAGCGCCGAGUCAGCAGGACCGAGCUCGAUUCACCUCUGACCUCCGAGAGAGCAUCGCUGAGGUGCAGGACAUGGAGAAGUACCGCGUGGAGUCCGAGCUGGAGAAGCAGAAAGGAGUGAUGCGUCCCGGAGUGAUGGCGGGGGGAGGACCGGGAGGCGGGGGGGCGCCGGGAGGGGGGCCUAUAGGCGGCAUGAAGGGCGAGGCGGUGAACGGCAUUCUGGGUAGACCGAGCCUCGACGACACGUACGCCUCGGUGGACGGACUCAAACGCACCGCGCUCAGCUCCUCUCUGAGAGACCUCUCAGAAACAGGGAAGCGAGGUCGUAGGAACAGUGUCGGGUCAUUGGACAGUACCAUUGAAGGUUCCAUUAUUAGCAGCCCCCGGCCCCACCAGCAGCGCCCCCUGCUGGCCGGAGGUCUCCCCUACAGCAUGAUGGCCCCCUCGUCUCCAGCAGCUUACCGGCCACACCGCCCAACUCAGAGCCCCGGUACAGGGGUGGGGGGUGGGCCGGGGCUCUGUCACAACCCGGGGGGGAUCAGCACCUCGCCUCUCGUGAGCGGGGGAGGGGCUGGGGGAGGAGGCGGGAUGGGGGGGGUGGGAGGCCCGAGUGGCGGCGGCGGCCUGCUGGGGAACUUCUUUGGGAGCAGGAGAGGCAAAGUUCCCAUUCCCUUGACGAUGACGUCGCCUCCUCCUCAGGGUCCUCCCAGUCCUCUGAUGAUCUCCUCCCCCCCCCACUACCCUGCCCCCGCCCCCCCCAUCGCCCACCCGGCCUCCCCUUCCCCGUGCCCCUCCCCAUUGCCCAACCUCGCUCAGUCGGACUCGGGAGGGGUUGGAGGCCUCGGGCCGUCCAAGCUGCAGGCGCUGCACGCCCAGUAUUGCCACGGCAACAGUGGAGGAGGCGGAGUCAGUGGGAUCCAGCAGCAGCAGACUCCGCCCCCUCCCUACCACCACCACCACCGGUUCUCCGCCCCGCCCCGCCGGCAGGGUCCCCCCCCUUCUCACCCCCCGCAGCACCAGCGGCUGCAGCAUGGCGGCGGACAGCACCCCCGUUACAACCUGGGCUUCAUCACCCCCCCGCCGCUCUCCCCUCACUCCCCCCUAACCCCUACUACCCCGCACGGACUCUACCACUCGGGGAGGCCGGGGGUCGGCGGUGGAGGCAAACUCCCGCUGACCAUCUCCCACUCGCAGCCUCACCCCCACGCGCACACACACUCUCACAACCAUGCCGUGCUCACACACUCCCCUCUAAGCCCCUCCCCUUCCGCCUCCCCCUCCACCCAUUUCAUCUUCUCCACGCCUCCUCCGCAGACGCCCUCGGCACGCCUCGUCAGCCAGACGCCCCCGCAGCCCUAUGGACCCCAAUAUCAGCAGCUGUCGUCCAUCCCGCCUCCUCCUCCGCACUCGCCCUUACCUCCGCCGCCCAACACCCCGCUCUCCCUGCACCAGGGGGCUGGGGGAGGGCAGGGGGGAGGGUCCAAAUCCAAACCGGUCAGCCGGAUCAGCACGGUUGUGUGA